AUGCCUUUAAGCGUGAGGGUGCUAGGGGAAUUAAACCGCUCAGGGUCAUGUUUAGGGUACGUUUACUCUCCCCAAGUAAAAACAGCAGCACCUGGGGGAUAUUUUGUGUUUCCAACCCCAGACGCGACACCAUGUUUUUCAUGUGACGUGCCAAUUGCAAUUCAUCAUCAUGGCCUCGUCUUUUACUCUCCCAUUCGUCCAUCGUCCGCAGCAUUUCUAAAUGCUCUUUAUAGUGACGGUCAAAUUUAUCUUUGCUAUCUUCACCCCAAGCCCUAA